AGGAAGCAUAAGGGUUUAAGCUAAUCUGCAGCAGAGAGAGAGACUGAAAGAGAAAGAAAGAAAUUUGAUCGAACAAUUUGAUAAAAAUAGUAGGAAAAUGCGUUCAGGGUUAAAGGGAAUAGUAAAGAAAGGAAUAGGAGAGAUGGGUUUCAACGCAGGUGGUGGAGCCAUUAACUGGUUCCCUGGCCACAUGGCUGCUGCCACCCGCGCCAUCCGAGACCGCCUGAAACUUGCCGACCUAGUCAUAGAAGUCCGUGACUCUCGUAUUCCAUUAUCGUCAGCAAAUGAAGACUUACAACCUCAACUUGCUGCAAAAAGACGUGUUAUUGCUCUUAAUAAGAAGGAUUUGGCUAAUCCUAAUGUUAUGCAUAAAUGGAUUCGUUAUUUUGACUCGUGCAAGCAAGAUUGCAUUCCGAUAAGUGCACACAGCAAGAGUUCUGUUCAGAAGCUUCUUGAAGUUGUGGAGUUCAAACUCAAGGAGGUGAUAUCGAGGGAACCUACUCUCCUUGUUAUGGUGGUUGGUGUUCCUAAUGUUGGGAAAUCAGCUUUGAUAAACUCAAUCCAUCAAAUUGCAUUGUCUCGCUUUGCUGUGCAGGGGAAAAAGAAACGAGCUACAGUGGGCCCUUUGCCUGGUGUAACUCAAGAUAUUGCAGGAUACAAGAUUGCUCAUAAGCCUAGCAUAUACGUGCUGGACACCCCGGGCGUGUUGGUUCCCAGUAUCCCAGAUAUUGAAACAGGAUUAAAGUUAUCUCUUGCAGGAUCCGUGAAAGAUUCUGUUGUAGGUGAGGAGCGUAUUGCCCGAUACUUACUAGCAGUUUUAAAUACUCGAGGCACUCCGCUUCACUGGAAACACUGGAAUAACAGAAAAAUGGAUGGGAUUCGAUAUGAAUCUGAGGAAAAACACAAAUAUGAUCCUAAAGAUCUUCGGCCAAAUAGGAGGAAGCCACCUAGUGUGUCUGAUGUGGUGUAUGUUGAGAAUCUUGUCACAGAAGUCCAAUGUGCAAUGUACAAAACACUGGCAGAAUUCAAUGGUAAUGUGGAGGAUGAGAAUGAUUUGGAGAAUCUUAUAGAGCAACAAUUUGAGGUGCUGCAGAAGGCACUGAAGAUACCUCAUAAGGCAUCCGAAGCUCGCUUGAUGGUAUCAAAGAAGUUUCUCACUCUUUUUAGGACAGGUAAACUUGGUUGUUUCAUCCUUGAUGAUGUCCCUGAGACCAACACUGUAUCAUAAGAUCUGGAAUUUCAAAAAUUUUCUUCUUUCUUUUCUCUCGGAGAUAUCCAAAGCUGCAACACCGCAUAUACUGCACUAUCACCUGUAACCAUGUGCUGUAUUUUAAUUUUGAACUCAUUUUUCUUGUGAAAAAACUUGAGAUGCCAAUGUUCGAGUUGGUAAUGAGCUUUCUGUUAA